AAACAACUAACUUGGAAGUACAUUUGUCUAUGCAAGAUGGAGAUGGAGUUAAGCUGGUUUGUCCCAGCAUUGUUUGCCAUAGUACAGAGGUUCCAGCUGCAGUCAUGUACGGAUAGCCAGAUGGAAUGCCUGCACCUAUUUUUGGGAGAAACAAGGAGUUGGAAGAUGUUUUCCUCUUUAUGAGAGGAGUAUGGAAAUCUCUGCUAUAGCAGCCUGCUAUUCUGCCAUGACAACAGACCCCUCAGCUCCUCAGGGCUUCAGCUCACUGUCACAUGGAAGCUGAGCAGAAAAGACCUAAGUAAGCUGAUACACGCGUGUGGUUUGUUGUCAGUGGAGCAGAGCUCUCCGAGACGCAGAAGAUCAACUGUGAAUUUUGCAGUUAGGCCUUCAAAGUACCUCCUGCUGGCAUUCCUAGCACAUGAUCUGUGACUUACAAAAGCAAGCAGUGGACCACCAGGCAUGUUGUUUACUAGUGGUGAUGUACUGGAGAGGGGGAGUGUGAACUGAAACACUUGUAUGCCUUUUUAGGCAGCUGCAGGGUUAACUGGACCCACAGAGACAGUCCCUCAGUGGGGAGCAGCUGUAGCAAACACCAGAUUAAGAUCAGUUUUUUCCUGUUUGGUACAGCCAGGUAAGAAAAGUUCUUCUUGGUGCUGUCACAGGUCGUUUUCCUUCCAGAGAAAGAGCAGGGUGGAGAACAGGAAGGUAGGCUCCCUUAUCCUUUAGGUAGUUUGUUUGAGAGAAGGGGUACAAUCACUGAGAACCAAUGGCUUCCAAUUGGUGUCGGCUCCUUGUAUGGCCUUCAGACAGCGACACGCUCGUGUUUUCUUCUUGAAGAGCAGUGAUAACCGCCUCCUGUACCAGGAUACUCUUUGGAAUGGUGUUAGCAUGCUUUUCAUCUCCGAGAAGACUUGCUGAGUGUUGAAGAAAACAUACUGCAGGAAAAGGAGAUUAUUUAAAUCCUGGCUGGGAGGCCUUUGCUGUACCUGUUUGCAGUACUGCUGCCGUUGCCUUGGUGAUAUAUUUUGGGGUAGCAAAAAGCACUGCCACACUUGAGCUUUUGAUCCGGCAGGCGCGGGACAUUUGUUCCUUGUUUUGUUUUCUAGAGGAGGGGUUUAGCAACCUUUUCCUCAGUGCAUCAAGGUCAAGCAAGAUAAGCCUAUACUUUUAAAAAUAAAAUUAUCAUUAAAGCUCCCCUAAGGCGGUCGGAGUGCUGCGCCACAUGAUAAAAACAUUCUAAAAUAGGAAGAAGCACAAAUAAGUGUCCCUUUGAAAUCCAGUGGAACCGAAGGCUUGGAUACAGGAAAAUGGAAAGAGGGAGAGAAAACAGGGUCAGUUUAACAACUGUACUUUGUGGGCCUCCUAAAAUGUUCUUUAGUUUUCGUCCCAGUGAAAAGCAGCAAAGUUGGGCCAGAGCUCCUCGCCCGCAGACUUUCCUGUCAGUAAAUGCCCUGUGCAGAUGGAAUAUAAUCACUGUAUUCAGCGCCUGGCUCUUUGUACUGUAAAUCAGAAAUCUUGUGGGACCGUAACGUAUAAAUAACUCUUAACUAAUUAUUUGGGGAAUGAAGCGUAGUUCAGCUGAGUGUCUGGAGGAAUGUCUCCUGCAGAAUAUGAAGUGACAGCCUUCUCCUUCUCUGCUGCACUGUUCUCCACCAUAGCUGCAUUACUGCUGCAGGUUCGGUUGCAUGCUCCUUUUCAUCCCUUACGUUGGAAUUUUUGCAUCCUGCACUUCACAAGCAAGAGGACUCUACCAACUCAGAAGGGACAGCAUCAUACAGAGCACGGAUCUGUCCGAGUUCCUGACAUAUAUUACUUACAUUUCUCAGGUACUUUCCACAUGCACAGGAACGCAGCUGAAGGUAAGGCUGAACUGAAGUUACUGACAAACACAGCGAUGAGAACUAUCUCAAAAAGCAGAUCUGAAAGCCCGGGCAGCUCUGUGGUUUCUCAGCUCUCCACAUGCAGCAGAUGGCGUGGUAUGAGUUGUUCUAGCAAUAUUUCACAAACUCCCUAUUGCUUGCAAAUGCAACGUUUGGCAAAAAAAAAAAACCAACCUCGUGCAUUUUGGUUCUUGAAAUAAGGACACAGCCAAGAGAGCAAAUCAGUGGCAAGUGGCUCUGUAAGCCAUUGGGCACAAAAGGAAGUUGUCACAAGCGGCUUCAAUCAUCUUUUUUAAUCUCGCUGAACUGACAGCUCCUGUAAUUAAGAGUUAAGGGAGGGUUGGGCUGUCUCCCAGUGACACUGCAGCAAGGCUGUCUGCAGGAAGAUCUUAGUGCUAAUUACAGAUUCUGGGACGGUAGGCUUGAAGUCAUGUUUUCACUGGCGUUCAGAAGAAGUGACCUGUUCUGUGACCCACUUGCUUCAGCAUAUGUCAGGUUCCUAAAGCAAGCCUGUCCUUGCUCAAAGCAAAUCCUACUUUUUAGAUCUUGUUUUAUAAAUACAGCUAGAUAAUUGUUAGCACGGCUUAUUCUAGCCCGUUUCUGUUAGUUGUCACUGCUUCAUGUUAACUGUCUUCUAAAUACUGCCAGCAGCUGACUAGUUCACACGCUAAGAUACUACACAGAAAUCCAACCAACGUGAACCAAGCAGAGCAUUUUAUACUCACUCUGGUAGGGAUACAUGUGAAAGUUACUGCAGGUAGUACAGGUGAGGCUGCUUAGUGACUUGCCAAGUUCACAUUCACCCGCCUGUGUUGCAGGAAAGCCAAGGAUGGAUGAGUGCAGCCCAAAGCCCCACCUGGGUUAUAACUGUAUCAGAAUCUGAGGCCUGGAAUCACUGCUUGCCAAUUGGUUAGCUGUUCUUACAGCACUAUGCAAUGAGGAGUGAUGCAGGGCCUGCUAGCUGUGGUGUGAACGGGUUCUUGAUUGGCUUUGCAGGUGAAUCUGCAAAUAGGCAUUGAGGUUCCUUCCUAACAGCACUCAGAAGAGCAUUUACUGAUAAAGAAACAAUUCUCAGGGCUGUUUGGACCACCGGCAGACUGUCAUUCCUCAGCAGAGCAACACAAGCUUGUGCCAAGCUGCUAACGCAGUUGAGCUCUCAGGCCUGAAUUUUUUCUGUCCCUGUUACAGCACCAUCACUGGCAUCUGUCUGGCUUUGUGGUCAUGAAAUAACGUUGUUUUAUUUUAAAGCCUGAUCUUGGUAAUACCCAGAGAGAUUGUUCUCAGUAGAAUAAGUGAGUGUUACAAAACCAUUGAGGCUUCCUGUUGGUAACACUGCAAACCACAACAACAAAGCUGAGUUAUAUCACCAAUAUCUGCUUAGGAAGUUUCACGUGCUUUGUGGUCUUCAUAGGAAGACACAGGCAUCUCCCACUAUGGCUGCUUAUCUGCGCUUGGGUGCACAUCAGCUCUGACAUAGGCAGCCUUUUAUUGCUUAGCCUUGUAAUACUUUGCCUUUUCAUCAAGAACCGGAUUGAUUUUAUGUCUGUAUUUUGUGGUGGGGUUUUUUUUAAGGGUCAUUUCAGUAUUUUCCUUACAACUGAGUUUUUCCCCAUUUCUUUCCUUCCCUCCCACCCAAACCCAUUUAAGUGUUUUCAUCCACAAACACCGUCCUCACAAUCUUAAACUACGGCACAUCAAUUAAACAAAUAAUUGCAUUAAUCAACUUGGAGCUUCAUUUAAGUUGACUUGAAGAUAUUCUGUGAUAAUAACGACGUAAGAACCUUUCACGUAAGAGAAGUUGCUCUUUGAUGAAGGAAAACUCCUUUUCCUUAAGCCUGUUCUACUAUCCCCAUUGUUAGAUCAUGUUACUGGUUUAGGUUUUGGGCUCAUUGCUGCUUUUUUGUUGCUGCUGUUGCUGUUUAACACUGACAUGAAACAGAAGCAGCUUCAUCCUGGUGUAAGUCGUAUGGCAAAGGCAUAGGAACUGUCACCUGCCGCUGUCUGGCUCAAAUUAGAGGAGGCAACAGUGGGAUCAUUCUGCAUCUGUGACCCUGUGCACAUCUGGCCUCUUUCGCCUUCCUCGUUCUUGUUAUAAUUCCAACAACAAAGCACUGAGUUUUCAUCUCUACUGUUCCUGUUUGCCUUUGUCUCAAGUAGAACAUACAGAAACAAAAGAAAAAUCUGCUUACCUUCAGAAGGCCUCAGGUAGGCAGGGAUCUUCAACAAGAUGUCCUCACCUCCACUGCCAGCCUUUAAAUGAGGGCUGGGAAGGGGUGGAUCCUGGCUCCAGCCCUUCUGCUCACUCAGCUACAUUGCAUACAGCUGAGCUCCCCUGGGUUGGCCCUGCCUUCUCACCAGGUGCUCAAUCACUGCUUCAGGCCCUGACUUAGUGCUUCUGCUAUACCCAAGUUCAGACCUCUCUGACCCCAACCCUGCACAGCCUAGCAGCUUUCUCACAGUCUUCCCAUGGUACCUGUUCCUGUUUCCACUGCCUGUGCAUUUUCUUUCUGGUCUCCAGUUUGACCAGCAGGUCCCAGUUCAGCCACACCACGUUCUUGCCUUCCUUCCUGAGUUCCUCCGCCUGGGAUGGAGAGUUCUUGUGCCCUAAGGACACCUUCCCUUAAGCUUCAUUUCUGUACACUGGAGAUAUUAUCUCAGCUGUUCGGCUUUAGGAAUAAUACUUUAAAAUACUCUUUUUCUCAGUAUUAUUUAAAAGCCUUUGCUGCCCUGGGUUCAUUUUGCUAACCAGCAGUGUCAUGACUGUUCAGUCCUCCUGCUGCUGCUCAGAAACGUGGGGGAGGCUGUGCAACUGAUAAGAACAUCAAUGUUGUGUUGCUGCUUAGGAAACCAAAGAGCAGAAGGUAUUUCUGAAACGUAUUAAAUGAUGGGAUUUGUCUGGAGGAACGAUGGGGUUAAAAGGCCCUGAAGGGAUUUCCAAAGAAAUCAAAUUAAAGUGUAAUUUCUGGUCCGGAGACCUCAUGUAUCACAACUUUCCAAUCAGUCAAACUCUGACGGUUGCUGAGGAAUAAAUGAAGGCUUUGUUUUUGCAGACUUUUAAAGAAUUGGUACAAGUGAUGUCAUCUGGGAAGAGCGAAAUGAACUCUUCAUAGACACGUGAAUGGCAUCAGAGAGCUUUUGGAACAGUCUGUGGCACAGCUUUCUUCCCCCAUCAAAUGGUCCAGCGGAGCUCUGGGCUGGGCUGUGUGAGAUGGGCUCUCUGCUUGUUUCAUGCAGCUUCGUACACACACCGGCUUUCAUUGUAAGCCUUUCUUUGUGUGCAGUGCAGAAGGGAGAGAAACGGUGUCCUUUGUCUCAGAGCUGAAUUGCAGUUCCUCUUCCGUAACUAUUUCUCCAUCUUUGAAGUAGCUGUAAACCAGCAAAUAAUAACGGUGUCCAAUAGUUGGCGGUUUCAAGGCUCAGAUUUAAGGUAUUUAAAAUAGCAACUUCUUCAGACUUGAGCUUUAAACUUCUAAAUGUCCUCCAUGUGCUUUUUAGAACAUCACUGACCCUUGGUGGGGGUACCCUUUGGACGGCAUGCUGAUUGAAGAAUGAAGGCUGUGGUACAGGCAAGACCUUGAUCAGCUGCUGGGAACCUUUCUUUGAUCACUUGGUGAUGGCACUCAGUUCUGGUUUGGUUUCAGACCUGCUUUCUUCACUGUCUGGAUUGGCACCAAGCAAGGCGUGGUGAGCUGUAUGGUUUGUGCAGUGACCUGUAUGAGCAGUGAGGGUCUGCUCCCUGCAGCUCAGGAGAGUCCGUGCUGUGCCUCCUGACCAAGGAGAUGGGUGUUUCUCCUCUACCUUUUUCCCUAUGACAGGGAGAGUUGCAAAGCCUGGGAAGGGACCAACAGUGUUUUUGUAACUGAUACCAGCAUGAAAGCUGUGCUCUGUCCCAAUUACCCAGUGAAGCACAGCAGAAUACUUCUCCACUAAUCAUAAGCUCUGUGCCUGUUAUUCGGUACUAUAUUUGUUGGUUUUACUCAGUAGUUAUUUGUGGCUGGUUUUAAAAUCUCAAGAGUAAACAGAGAAAGCAGAGGUACCGUAUUGGAUUAAAAAGGCUUUGUGUGGAGGAGAUCCUUAGGAUAAGUAAGGAAAUGAUGUAUCAUGUCUCCUCAAGAAGCUUUGUGGCUAUUAAGGUUUCCAUCACUCUGUAAGAAAUGAGCUGGUUGUUCUUGUUAGAAGCUGAGGCUUUGGUUUGUUUCAGUGCAGUAACUGCAGUCGGGUAGGAAGUGCAGGAGAGCAGCCAGCCUGCUUUUCCUCCUCCUUUCUCCCAUGGAUGCGUUGGGUGGUUUAAGAGUGCUGUGCAGAGCUGGUGGCAGCUCAGGUGGUGGUUUGCAGAAGCCUGCCAUAACUGCCCUGUGAAACCCAUGGCUGGCAGCUUCAGCUCUUGCUUUUGUCAUAACAGUAUCCAAUGCUAUGCCAGAUUUCCUGCUUUCUCUUUGUAGGCCAUCAUCAUUAAAUUCUUAAGGGCAAAAACAUCAGGGUGCUGUGACUUUCUGUGCCUGCCUUGUGGUGUUUCUGCUAAAAUGCAGUGUUUUUCUCAUUUCACGGGCUGGGGUUAAGACAUAAGUUGGCUUCCAGGUCCAGCCCAGGCAGACUAACACCCAGCAGCCAGCAGUGCCCAGGAACUUGCAAUUAGAAAGAAAGAAGGAAGGGAAAGGGGUAAAUUGCUGCUGCUUUAGGGGAAAAUUGUUUUCCAGCCUACCACGAGAGGGUGCUACAAUGCUUUGACUUAGUUUCUCUCCUCCUACAAGGUUCUUGUUAGCCUUGAAAAAGGAAGUUUUGUAACAUUCCUACGUUACAGUGAAGAGUUGAGACGCUCAUCGGAGCCCUGACACUCCUGUGGUGUUCAUCCUUAACAAGCAGCCCACGGUCAUGCAGUCACAUUGCCUGUCAUUGCCCCUCAUGCUAGUCAGUGACAGGCCACGUUAAAAGGAACGCACUGGUCACAAAACAGACUUUUGGAAAAGAGAUGUGGAAGCAUGUUUUAAAAUAUAACUAAGAUAGUCUUCCUCUGGUAUGCAUAUUACUGCCUAAAUGCAAGGGCAUGAGCUCUGGUGUACUGUAGCUGUCCUUCUGCCCUGCACUUUCUUAGUUUGUUAUGAGGUUGAGGUCUUAAGUGCAUUUCACAUCUUAACGUCUGGCUUUGUUACAUCCCCCCGUCCAUUAUUUCCUCUCACAGAAGGAUUGAAACACUCUUCAUCACGCAGUUGCCUCCCAGUGCUUCCCCUGCUUGGCCUACAGGGAGAUGAGCUCGUCAGGUUUUAAACCAUAAAAGCUAUUACAGCAGCAACAUCUCAGUUUGUUAAUAGGAAAACAGGCUUCAGUGCAUCACCCGCUCUGGUACAGCGGUGCUUCAUUUAACCAAACUGAAGAUUACCCUUCCUGGGAUUGCUCUAGAUUUGCUUGUAGGAAUUAAAGAACUGUUAUUAUAGAGUUGGAACUGGAUGAUCCUUAAGGUCCCUUCCAACCCAAGCCAUUCUCGGAGUUAUCUUGAGAAGCAAGUGUCAUCCUCUGUUGAAUUGUCUGAGGCUUAGGUGGAGGGCAGCAGGACUGAGUGUCCAAGGAUAGAUGCUGGUGACAAGUUGGGAAGAAUGACCAUUUCCUCCUCGUUGGGCAUUUAGCUUUCCUGCUCAGCUGCCCGAAUCUUUAUUUUGAGCCACAUCUGAUGUGUAAAGGACACAGGUGAAACCAUGGCAAAACGGCCACCUUCCGUUCCUUCAGUAUCUAACAGUCUGUCCUGUGAGUAUCUUCUAUUACAUACUGCUCUACAACUUUUUCUUCCUUUAAGUCUACUUUCUGGCCCCGCUGUUCCAUUUUGUGUUGUUCAACAUACGUGCCCGUGUUUCUUCUGUGGUAUUUAUCUUUCCUAUCACUUGCAUAACUCAAUAUACUUGUUUUGUUCCCCAUUGCUUUUCUUUUUCUUGCUCUGAGCAGGUCCUGCCCCCUUCCUUCUUAUCCUGUUAGCCUGAUAUCUUCCUAUGUGAGCAUCUCCUGUCCCAGUGGAGCAGUCUGUUCCCUUGUUCCCUGCCUUGGUGGACAGAUGAAGGAUGCCAGCUCUAGAACCAGGAAUACAGACAUGCAGGAAUGGAAGGAAAUGUUUUUUCCUCCCCAUGAAGAUAACCAACUUUGUUCAAAGAUUAAAAAGAAUGGAUAUUGAAAUGAGUAAAAAUCUCUGCCGUUAAGAAAAACCGUUUUCUUUAGCACUUUGCUACUUAAUCUGUUUUUCCCAUUGAUAGGCUAAGUAUAUAAAAGGAAGGCAGUGUUUCGUGACAGAGAUAAGGCACGAGGCAUGGGCAGACAGGAUGGUUUGUGCUGCAGGGCUCUGGCAGAACUGCUAGCACUUUGAAGUCUGUGCUACACACUAACGCUGUGUGCUUUCCGCAGGUCCAGCUUCCCUUCCAAGUCCAACUACAGAGGCUUUGUGUUGUGCUUCACCCUGUGACAGAUUUGCUUCUCUUUUUUGAUGCUAGAAUGUAACUUGCUGUAAUCCUGCUUCAUCAGUAUGAGGAAGGGUAGGAGAGUUUAUGGAGAGAACAUGAGUAGUGUUGUACACCAGCUGUUUUCAGAGUCCUGAAUUCUUUGUAUUGAAGGCAUCAUUCAUUAGUUAGAUGCUGAAAGGAUUUUGUAAUGAAAGCUUUAAGUGCUGUGCUUCAGGAGGGGUGGAUGGCCAGCACCAGUUUGAGUCAUGCUCUCCCACAGCUUCUAGCAAGUAGUAGCUAGCAGGGGACUUUGGUUUCAGUUUUAGACCUUCCCCUGCACGGGUGGAUCUCAACACGAGAUGAAUCCCAGCAGCUGCAGAGGGCUCAGUUGAUCAGUCUUCCUUAGAGUAAGCAGGUAGUCGAAGUUCUUCCUAAGUCCCAACUGAUGCUCUUAAGAGCUACAGAGCCCCGUUCAAGUAGUCAGGAUAAUGCUAACCUCUUGUGGUGGUGUGACUAAAGAGAAGUAUUGCCCAUAGAAACCAUUGUGGUUUUAGUUCUCCUUCCUCUCUUGCUCUGCCCAAACUGCACCUUCCUCGCAUGCACUGGCUUUUCCCUGCAUUGUCUGCCACCCUUACGUGCUGCACUGCUUCCAUACGAGUGAAGUGCCCAUUAGCAGUGGGCUGAGAGCUCCCCACCCCGAGCUGAGCGUUGUGCCUCCCCAGUCUGAAGGAAUGACCUGCACUUCAUGGGUUUCACUGAGAUGAUAGCAGCCACCUUCACGCAUUCAGAACAAAGCCAGCACUGUUGGUUUCCCCAUGAUUACGUUGUACCUGUCGUUAUGCAGGAAGCCCUGCCCUGCCUUCAGAAGUAACAUCAUUAAACCUGUGUACUUUAGUUGGGUGAGUCACUUUCAUUCCUGUUCUUGAAGUGUACAUCUAUUGUCGGUUGUAAUUUCACCUUACUGGGGCCAGCAGUAGCCAUGCCAGUAGUAUGAAGUCCGUUAUAAAUAACCUCUCUGCAAUACUCCCUGUAUAUAAUUUUUGGAAGUUGCUUUCAGAGUUUUUGAAGAAAAAAGACUUGGAUUUUUGCCUUCCAGAGGAAUUAGGUGUGAACGUGACGUUGGCCAAGCAAAUGGGUUGGUUAUUUCACCAGUGUGUCUCCCAGAAAAAUCCCAGUUGGAUGAACAGAUCUGUUCGUUUCUCUAGUAAUCAGGAACUUCUUACACUGGUACUAUUCAGCUGCAUCUUAGUUAGAUCAAAUUCUCAAUAGAGAAGUUUGACCAAACAGUCACAUUGGACAUGACUAAUAAAAGGACGUACCAGCCUGGAUUACUCAGUCCUCUUGAAGGCCCACUGUUUGAUGUAUUUGAUUUUAGCAAUUUGACGUUUGCCAUUAAUCAGUUUUUCCAGCUUCAGAACCUGAGGUGUGACCCUAUGUGUUUAAAUGAAUGGUCUUGCUAGCAGGAAAACGUGUCAGGCUCCAUGCAGCUCUCUGGUCAGUAUUCGUGAGGCUCUAAUCUCUGUAUUUCAUUGCUGCAUUUGUGUGCUGUGUUCUUUGUGGGUGCUUUAUUUGGUCUUUAUGGGUGUUUCCUUGUUUUGGGUCUGUGUUAUGCGUUCAUUAAGAACCUUAAGGGGCCGUUGCCCCAGAAUCUCUGCUGAUCCUUCCUGCAGGAGCUUCAGCAUCCUUGCUGGAGGAGCUCCCAUCUGCUGACUGCUGCUGGGAUUCAGAAUUCCAGUGCCUGCUUCAGUCUCACUUAACUUUAUGUUUGUACAGCUUUGUUCUAGAUAGUAGGAGGAGAUCUCAAAGCAAUAGUAUGUUCACAUAAAUAUCGUUCCUCGCCUAUCUUCCCUAACUGUUUUUGAGGGUUUGGGCUCAGUGCUGUGCUCUAUCAGGAAGGUGUUACUUCUAAGCACUUCGUGCAGCACAGUCACAUCGGCUUCAAGUGCUUAAAGCAGCUUGAAAGCCAUGGGAAGACUGUUUCAGGCAGUGAUGCUGAUGGGCAGGAAACAUGCCAUUAAUUCUAAAGACCCUUCAGAUAACUUUCAAAUAUUAAUUAGCUUCUGAUUCCAUGAAGUCUUCCUGAGCUGAAAGGCCUACUUGAAGCCUGCAUGGUGCAGCAGGUGAGAGGCGGGUAGAGGCAGAAAGGAGAGAGAGUUCUGUUUCUCCAUUUUCAGAAGCAACAUCAGGCAGCUGAGUUUAGGUUCACUGUGCUUUUAGGUACUCAGAUGUCAGCUUUGGAGUAGGUUUGCUUUGAAGAGGCUCAAGAGGGAGAGUGACUUUGAGAGGAGCAGUUGCAGCACUGCCUGUUGCUUUGGAAUUUCAGAUUUCAAGACGGCACCUGGUGUGCUGCUGUCAGCCCCGUCUUGAGCCCUGAUCCCAGAGGAAGCACUUAGGGUGGCUGGUUCUUGAAGGGAUACAAUGCAGCCCUGUGUAACCCAAGCAGUCAGCUGUCCUGACAACCUUCAUAGGCCAGCAACAACUGGGAAUGCUUUUCAGCGGAGUGGGAGGAAGAAGGAAUGAGGUGGAACUCUGUCAAAUUUGAAAACAGUCUCAGUUUAAGAUGCUAAAGGAAUCUUCUUGGGCUCUGGCAGCAGGACGUGUGGGGCACUGGGUGAGGUUCCCUUCUGGAUGGCACGACUGCACCUUGGUCUCAACCUCGAUUCAAAACGUGCAUCUCCUACAACAACUCCUAAAGUAAGCAGCAGUUACGCAUAUCCUCCUCAGGGCUGUGAGGCACAACUGGCGGAGACUUUGCCGUGAAACAGAGCGCAGCUGAGGUUCUGUAGGCAGAGGUCUCAUUUUCUGCCUCAGGUUAAGUCGUGGGUGGGUGCUGGGGAGGGGUAACCACUGCUCUGCAGAGCGAGAGGAAACGGGAUGCUGAGCCAGCAGCAGUGCUGACCUCCCACUGGGAAAUCCCAGCCCUUUCCUUCUUCCUUCCUCCCUCCGAAUAUAUAUAGUACGCAGAGUCAAUGGAGCAUUUGGAGAAGUGUCACCCAAAGGCCAGAGGGGUACUAGUGGGCAGGAUGGCUUUCAGUUCAGAACACUGACAACACAGUGACUGGUGCUCUGCGUGUCCCACUGUGCCACCAGGGUGGGCUGCAGGAGAGAAGCCUCAGGCAGCAGUGCCAGUGUUAAGGGAGGAAGGCUCCUUAAAGAGCUUCCACUGGUCCUCCUCUAACUGCGUCGGCGCAGAGUUGUUGCUUUUCUUUACUGCUCUGAAGCCAAACUAGUUAAAAAGUACCCUCAGGCUGGCCCUGCUGUGCCUGCAUCCAGGCGUGCUCAGGUCUCCCGUUACCUGCAGUGUUCUUCCUGGAUCCAACUCUGCACUCUUUAACUGCUCUUUUCCCUUACCACGUCUUCUUAUGCUUCCCACCACAAGAUAGCAGUAUUUGGUAACCAAGCCCAAUCCUACAGCAUACUCAGCACUGGUUAUAUGCCUUGUUGGAAUGCAUCCGUGUUUUUGUUGUAUGAACAAGAGUGAGGAAUGCAGCUACUGGAGAGCUGAGUAAAAAGACUUGUUUGUUCCUAACUGUUCUUUACCUGAGCUGUUCUUUUCAUGUAGAAGCUACUAUUAGACUGACAAACGAUGUGAAGAGGAAGAAAUCAAAAGAAGGCAGGAUAGCAAAGUUGCUGAUAAUGCUAAAUAGUUAAAGUCAACAGAGAGAAAAGCCAAUUGAAAGACUGCGGCUUGGAGAAAUGAUACAACAUUCAGCGUAAGCGUGGAUGUUACUGCACAGGAGAAUGACUCUAACUUUGCAGGUGGGGUAUCGAGCUCUGAGCUGUGUACAGCAAGAGAGCUGGAUCUGUGAGCUGUGAUAAGGGUGGAUCAUGGCAACAAUUAUCCGUAACAAACCUGUGUUGUUACCCUUAAUCAUGAUAUUUUACUCAUUUGCAGUUAUCCUUCUUUGGAAGGAAGCUGACUAUUUUGUCAAUAUACCUGCAGUUCAAACUGGGACUUCUUGUAGCUUUGAUUGCUUUUAGAUUACGAGUACAGGACUUGUUCAGCCUUCCUGUCUUUGAAGGACUCUUCCCCUUCAAAGCUGUAUUAGUUCUGCUGGAUUCUGGAACAACUCUUCAGAAAGUGUCAUUUCAGUGAGUGCAUUCUUGUUCUUAAGGUCUGGAUACACGAGGGCUGAACACCACUGUUAGUAGAUGUUAAAAAACAAAUGUAUGGCACAGCCUGAAACUGACAAGCUGUCUGCUCUGAGUAGGAAUCGUGGGGGUUUGUGUUACCCCAGUUAUUUGGCAGCUGUUGGGAGCGGCGCUGCUGAAUGGAGCCCCUUGUCUGCUCAGCAGAGCCAAUUACAAGUGUCUGGGUUUAGCCAAGGGGAAGUGGAAGAGCAGCCAGUAACUAAGUUUAGUCUGAUGGACGUGUUUCUCUGACUUCACCCGCGCUUAUUUACACACACAGCGGUGGAUGGGGGCUGAGAAGGAGCAGGACAGUCAGACUCCCUCAGCCAGGGCUCAGCUCCACGUGAAGGGCUCUCCCUGGUGCUGCAGUCAGGACAGCAUGCCAUUUUGAGCAUUGUCCUGCUCAGGACAGGCUUCUCUUGGAUAAAAGGAAGCACUGGCUUAUUUUCUGAGGCGUACGUAUUUUGUGGAAGCAAGGCCAUAAGUCUUGAGUUAAAUAUAUAGUCAGUAUUUUAGAAAGGAAAACUCUUCUUUGUUCAAGGGAAGAAAAUGGCUGUGGACAAUUGCUUGAGCAGCAUCUCAGUGGCUGACAAUUGAGGCUGACAGCUCUGUGGUUUAUUUUUAGCUCGAGAACUUUGUUUAAACCAGAAGCACUGUGUAGCUUUGGCAGUUGCUGCAUAUUCACUGUGGGUGGAUGGAACUGAGCAAUCACAUCUGUGCUAACAGGCAUUCCGGGAUUGUAUUAAAGAAUUAAACUCAUGUACUGGAAACUGAAGCUCUAUCAGCUCACCUGGGGAGCUCCACCCUCCGAACAUCUUCCGGAAGAGGCCCUGCACCGCCCCUAUGGUUGCGAUGUCGAACCCCAGGCACUGAACGAAGCCAUCAGGUGGAGCUCCAAGGAGAACCUGCUGGGAGCCACCGAGAGCGAUCCCAACCUCUUUGUUGCACUUUAUGAUUUUGUAGCAAGCGGUGACAACACGCUCAGUAUCACCAAAGGUGAGAAGUUGCGAGUCCUGGGUUACAACCAGAAUGGUGAAUGGAGUGAGGUACGUUCGAAGAAUGGGCAGGGCUGGGUACCAAGCAACUACAUCACACCAGUCAACAGCCUGGAGAAGCACUCGUGGUAUCACGGGCCGGUGUCACGCAGCGCAGCAGAGUAUCUGUUGAGCAGCCUCAUCAAUGGCAGCUUCCUGGUUCGUGAGAGUGAGAGCAGCCCAGGGCAGCUGUCCAUCUCGCUCAGGUACGAGGGACGUGUUUACCACUACAGGAUCAACACCACCUCAGAUGGAAAGGUGUACGUGACAGCAGAAAGCCGUUUCAGCACGCUAGCAGAACUGGUGCACCAUCACUCCACAGUAGCAGAUGGACUGGUGACGACUCUGCAUUACCCAGCACCCAAGUGCAAUAAGCCCACUGUGUAUGGAGUGUCCCCCAUCCACGACAAGUGGGAGAUGGAGCGGACUGACAUUACCAUGAAGCACAAACUCGGGGGAGGGCAGUAUGGCGAGGUGUAUGUUGGUGUCUGGAAGAAAUACAACCUCACCGUUGCUGUGAAAACAUUAAAGGAAGAUACCAUGGAGGUGGAAGAGUUCUUGAAAGAAGCUGCUGUGAUGAAGGAAAUCAAGCACCCCAAUCUGGUGCAGUUAUUAGGUGUGUGUACCCUGGAGCCCCCCUUUUACAUCGUGACAGAGUACAUGCCAUAUGGGAACUUGCUAGACUAUUUACGGGAAUGCAACCGGGAGGAAGUGAGUGCUGUCGUGCUGCUCUAUAUGGCCACUCAGAUAUCCUCUGCUAUGGAGUACCUGGAGAAGAAGAACUUCAUUCACAGGGACCUGGCAGCACGGAACUGCUUAGUUGGAGAAAACCACGUGGUGAAGGUGGCUGACUUCGGCUUAAGUAGGCUGAUGACUGGAGAUACCUACACAGCUCAUGCUGGAGCCAAGUUCCCAAUCAAGUGGACUGCUCCCGAGAGCCUGGCCUAUAACACCUUUUCCAUCAAAUCGGAUGUGUGGGCCUUUGGGGUGCUCUUAUGGGAAAUUGCGACCUAUGGGAUGUCACCAUACCCAGGCAUUGACCUCUCUCAGGUGUAUGAUCUGCUGGAAAAGGGCUAUCGGAUGGAACAACCGGAGGGAUGCCCUCCAAAGGUUUAUGAACUGAUGAGGGCCUGUUGGAAGUGGAACCCACCAGACCGACCUUCCUUUGCUGAGACUCACCAGGCUUUUGAAACCAUGUUCCAUGACUCGAGCAUCUCAGAGGAGGUAGCAGAGGAGCUUGGAAGAACAGCCUCCUCCUCAUCCAUUGUUCCUUACCUGCCUCGGUUGCCCAUGCUUCCCUCCAAGACAAGAACACUGAAGAAGCAGGCAGAGAACAAGGAGAACAUUGAAGGAACACAGGAUACCCUGGAGCAUUCGGCAUCCAGCUCUGCGCCAGGUUUUAUCAGAAGCACACAGCCAACAAGUGGGUCUCCCGCGCUGCCUCACAAGCAGAGGGACAAGUCACCCAGCACUCUGCUGGAGGAUGCCAAAGAGACCACUUUCACCAGGGACAGAAAAGGUGGCUUCUUCAGCUCCUUCAUGAAGAAGAGGAAUGCUCCCACACCUCCCAAGCGCAGCAGCUCCUUCCGGGAGAUGGAGAAUCAGCCCCACAAGAAGUACGAGUUAACGGGUAACUUUUCAUCUGUUGCUUCCUUGCAGCACGUGGAUGGGUUCGCCUUUGCUCCCACACAGCAGGACACAAACCUGGCACCACCCAAGUGCUACGGUGGGGGCUUUGUGCAGAGGACCUUCUACAGUGAUGAUGGCACUGGUACCGGCAGCGGUGGGGGUGUGAGCACUGGCGGUGGGUGGUCUGGCAUCACAGGUUUCUUUACACCACGCUUGAUUAAAAAGACGCUGGGUCUGCGACCAGGAAAGCCCACUGGCAAUGAGGAAGCGUCAAAGCCUUUUCCAAGGUCAAACUCUACGUCUUCCAUGUCCUCAGGGCUUCCAGAGCAGGAUAGGAUGGCAAUGACCCUUCCCAGAAAUUCCCAGAGGUCAAAAAUCCAGCUGGAACGGACAGUGUCCACCUCCUCUCAGCCUGAUGAGAGCACAGGGAGGGCAAAUGACCUGCUGCCCAAAAGGUUUGAAGAAGGUUCUGCUCUGACUAGAGAAAGACCAAAAGCAAAACUCUUGCCAAGGGGUGCCACGGCUCUCCCUUUCCGAACCCCCUCCAGUUCAGAGGAAAAGGAGAUUCCAGGGCUAGCAGCAACUCCUAAAAGCAAAGAAAAAAACAGUGGCCCACGGCAGGGGGCCCUCGAGGAUAGCGAGAGACCGGGGUGGUCCUCUCCAGUGAAGGCUGCAGCAAUACUUCCAACCACUCAUAACCACAAAGUGCCAGUCCUAAUCUCACCCACUCUAAAACACACUCCAGCAGAUGUGCAGCUCAUUGGCACAGACUCUCAGGGUAAUAAGUUUAAGCUCUUAUCUGAGCAUCAGGUCACUUCUUCCGGCGACAGGGACCGGCCCAGACGGGUAAAACCAAAGUGUGCUCCACCUCCACCACCAGUGAUGAGGCUCCUACAGCAGCCAGCUGCCUGCUCAGACGCAGCAGAAGAGGUAAGCAAUGCGGCGGGAGCGCAGCACGGGCUGGAGUCCAGCGAAGGGAGUAAGAAGGCAGCAGCAGCACCUGUCGGUGGGAAAUCUGGGAGGCCCGCGAUGCCUCCACCUCAAGUGCCUCUGUCGUCGUCCUCCGCCUCCCCAGUGAAAAUGGCCAAUGGCACAGCUGGCGCAAAGGUAGCAUUAAGAAAGACCAAACAGGCAACUGAGAAAAUCCCAGCAGACAAAAUCAGCAAGGAAGCGUUGCUGGAGUGCGCCGAUCUUCUCUCGAGUGCCAUCGCUGAGCCAACACCGAACAGCCAACUGGUGGACACGGGGCAUCAGCUGUUGGAUUACUGCUCAGGCUACGUGGACUGCAUUCCGCAUACACGCAACAAAUUUGCCUUCCGGGAAGCCGUGAGCAAACUGGAACUCAGCCUGCAGGAACUGCAGGUGUCCUCAACAGCUGCUAGCAUCCCUGGGGCAAACCCCAUCCUUAAUAACUUAUUGUCGUGCGUCCAAGAAAUCAGCGAUGUGGUGCAAAGGUAGCUACUGUCAAUCUGGGUAAGAGAAAUACACGUGGGGUGGGGGGACUUUUUUCUGUACUGAUGCUUUCAAAAGGAAAGACUGAUACUUGAGUAUGUGAAGUACCUCAGAUCACUGAGUUCUCACGUUUACAAGUUCAUCUCAGAAAAUGGGGAUGGAGAGGGUAGAUUCAAGCUGUAAGGGGCAGAACAUCAAGUAUUUGUCCCUACCUUGCCAGUCUGGUCUGCUUGGUAUGGCAAGGCAAGGAAGAUCCUUGCUCCUCCCUUAGAGAGGCAGGAGAAUCGAUGGCAGGUUCUCGCUCUGGGAAGGACGGUCUGGCAGCCGGAGCGCUGGAGUGGCUGCCGGCCCUUUGGCUGUACAGACGCACCCCAUCAGCACUGACACACGCUUUUGGGCUCCUGACGAGGCGAGGAAGGGCCCUGGGGCUCUGCUGGUACCAGCUGCUGAGCAGUCCUGGCUGGGCGGCUCUGAAGGAGCAGGCUGUGUGCAGCUGGGGGCAGGUCUAAUGCACUGACAGUAUUCAGAGCUGCUGGAGGUGGAUGCACUAGCCUCAGUGGCUUACUUCCACAGUGCUGUUGCUGCUGUAAUGAGAACUGCAAAAUUAGUUAAUAUAUGAAAUUAUCCCUUUUCCCUCCUGUCCACCUCAUCUUCCACAUGUUCUCGUCUUCAUUGUAGCUGAGGCAUCAGGAAUGCUGGGCAGACUUACCACUGGAAUUAUCCCCUUCCCACCACACUGCCUCCACUCAGUCGAUUCCUGUUUCUAGUGGUCUGACAUGAGUGCUGAUUGAUGGUCAUUGGUUGUGAGUAGUUUGGUGCUCUUGCACAACUUGCCAGUGUUAAUGGGAUGGGGUGGGGUGUUGGUUUUUUGGUUUUUUUUUUAAAGCUCUGGAUUGUUUUUAACUCGUUACCAGGUUGACUCCCCAGUUCAGUUUCAGCACCUUGAUGCCCGUGGAAGGCAAGGCAGAACCUCUGCCACCAGCCCAGCAGCCCCUGGCUGCAAUCUGCUUACCUUCAGCAGGCAGUGCUGCAGCCAGGAGUACAGCCUGGCCUGCCUGCAGGUCUCCCUGCACCGCUCCCUCCUCCUGACACAGCACAACCACAUCACUGUGCUGUCUGGGGUUUGUUGCUCUCGCUUACCAAUCUUGCAGGCUUCCGCUGUCUGGGGGUGUGAAGGUGACCAGGUGUGUCAACACAUGAGUCACAGCCAUCUUUUUUUAGUUUAUGUAUUUUGACAACUGGACCAGAAUCUCCUGCUGUGUAGACUGCAUUCUGCCUCAAACGUGACAGGAGUGUUAGGGCCUUGCUUGGAGAGCUCCCACUGGAAGAUGGUCUCUGCUGGUCUCCUGACAAUCCCAGAAGGCAGGCAGUCACGUGGCUGGUCUCCUUCCGUCCUGGCACUGUUUGUUGACUGUUGUGGCCUCAGAAAGGUGGCGUUCUGUGCAUGUGCACAGCACCCGGAGAGUUAAAGGACUGACAAGUACAGAGACCUCAACUACUUGUUGGUUAGAGAGAAGAAGCAAACAGGCCUGAUACCUGCAUCCAAAUACCCGUUACCCUGCAUGCUGCUGCUCACUUCACACUGUUUGUGAUGAUAGAGGAUCUGGCUUGCUUUGCACCUUAAAUCUUUUAUUAUUAUUUUUGCUAAAAUGCUUUUUUAACUUGUUUUUAAAGUGUGACUGUGCUGCUUUUAGUUUGAGCAUUUAGAGUUGAGCUGGGGCGCGGGUGUGAAUUCAGAUGGUUGGCACUCAGGCAUUCCUUGUCUGCCUACAAGCGUUGCCCUGUUGGUGCUCAGAAGCAGGCUGGGCCUCUUGGCACGUGCCACUGUUGUUUCCAUGGAGCACGGUGAGACGUGGCCUGAACCAUUCUUAGAAGUGUGCCCGUGUCUGAGAACCCUCUUAUUAUUUACUGGUCUGUGGUAGGUAAAGUUGUGUGUCACGCUGCAUGAAUGCGCACCAGUGGAGCAGUCUGCCAGGUGAAACGGACCACGUGUGCUUCACUGUCAAAGUGGGUGAAAUAAUGAAAAAGAGCAAUCCUUCCACCCCAACCAAUAGGUAUUAAGGUGAAUUAAUUGUUCCUACACGUCGGCAAGCUGAUCCCUUAGUGGGUUAGCCAUCCUUACCUUGUGGCACCAAGCCCACCUGGAAGAGCCUCUGCUGUCUCAUUGUGCAGUAGGAUUCCCAGCUUGUCCUGGAUCUCCUCUGGGCCUUGCACUCCAGCUGCAGGUCCCUGGGGCAGUUACUCAGCAGGGAAGCAGAACACCUAACAGUUAUCUUGUAGACUUUACCGAGGGCUUUGGUGGUUUACCUUAUCUGCUUCGGUCAUCUUUAUUGAACAUGUGCAUCAAUGCACACCAAAUUAGCUGCCUUUGGAAAGCUGAUCCAUAAAAGGAAAAACAUCUUAAGGCAUUGCUUCAUGUUGCCUUCCUAACAAUCAGGAGGAGUGGAAGGGAAUGAGAGCUUUCUUGGUGUCAGAAAGGCUGGUCCUGUUUGCCCUGCAGACAAUCGUGUGGUUUCAUCACUGUACUGCUUUGCAGCCCAGUAAAAGCCGACUGGAACUGAAGUGGUUAUUCUCAGGGGAAAGGUAUUUUAACCAGAACAUUUUAAAGGUGUUAUUCCAGUUCUGCUGAGUAUUUUAAAAGAAGCUUUUUUUAAAUUUAUUUUUCCUGAAUGUAGGUCUUCCAGAAAAGCUCCGGCAAAAGUGAUAGAAUAGCAAACAAUUCCUGGAAUUUCUAAU